CCAAUAGCAGAAGAAGAAGCUUAAACAGUGAGAGGAGCGUUCAUAGACGAUGAAUGCUUGAUGGAUGCAAAAUUGUGAGGAGAGAAAAAUGUGAAUGAGAGUGAGGUUCGGGAAUGGAGGUCAGUGGAACCCAAGCGAGGUAUAAUCUCUCUCCUGCCGGCAGUGGCAAGUGUAUUGGAAAGGUACGAGAUACUGAGGCCAACGCCGCGACAGAGCAAACAGGAAUCGGCCAACCUACAAGAACCCUGUUGUAUCUUGGCUCUAGAUGGCAAAAGGCCAAAAUGCAGUUCAAGUUUGGAAAGAAGAUAUUGAUUUUGGGCUAGAGCCCAAACCCAUCAUCAAAUAAAGAAGUCCACCAGGCUUGUCCUUUUCAUAUUUACGCACAAAGAAAAAAAAAAGAGAAUAGAACCGGCGACUUCUUCUUCACCACAGCGAAGACCAUCUCAAGGUCGACGCUCCAACGUCUCUCCCUGAAAAUCGCCCCUCAUUCAACUCUCCAACGGAUAUAUAAUUCUUGCUAUAAAUUGGCGAUGAGUCGAAGCUCCAAGGAAGGGGGGAACAACAGAGAGGGCAUCGCACCAAACAAGUAAGUGAGCAGCGGCUUUGGCCGCUGCAAUUGACGCCACCGGAGAAGGAAGCAGACGGCGGCCGACCACGGCUCGCCGGCGUUCGACGAUGGUCGGCGGUGAUAGGUCAGGCGGUCCCUUCAAUCUCCAAUUCCUUAAUUUUUUAUCUUUUUCCUCUAAUUGGUAACCCUAUAUGUUAUUUCUUCAAUUUUUUUCUCCAUUUCUUUGUAAAAGUGUUGUUUCAAUUCAAGUUUACACUUUUUUUCUUGUUUGUGUUAAUUUCGAAAAUCCCAAAAUGGUUGGUGUUCUUUUAUGGGUUUUUUUUGUUUAUAUUAAAUCCCUUAUGAAUAAAAAUUGAUUCAUACU